AUGGCUCCAAGUGAUACUGGCGGACUGAAUGAUGAGCCUUUUGGCGAGCUCGUCGCCUUCGCAGAGCCCGCCUGGUACCAUUCAUCUUUCAUCCCUCCAAAGGGGUACUAUAACCAAACCCACGUCACCCUCCGCAACUUCAUGAGAGACUAUGUGAAUCGAGAAUUUCUUCCCUAUAUGACGGAAUGGGAUGAGGCUAAAACUCCGCCCCCUGAUAUGUACAAGAAGAUAUGUGAAGCCGGAUUCAAUGCUGCAGUUUUAUACCCGCUGCCUCUGAAGUACAUGGAGGGCCCCGAAGACUGGGACGCCUUCCACGACUUCGUUUUCAAUGACGAGUUCGCACGCGUAGGCGGCGUCGGUUUCGGCAUGGCCCUUUGGGGCGGCACAUUCAUCGGAUUGCCACCUGUCAUAAACUUUGCUUCAGAAGAAGUAAAGCAAGAAGUCAUCAAUCCAGUUCUCAAAGGUGACAAGAGAAUCUGCUUGGCCAUUACUGAGCCGGAUGCUGGAAGUGAUGUUGCUGGACUUACUUGCACGGCCAAGAAGACGGAAGACGGGAAGUAUUACGUUGUCAACGGGGAGAAGAAAUGGAUUACGACGGGGAUCUGGAGUGACUACAUCACAACCGCAGUUCGCACGGGUGGCCCGGGUGCGUCAGGAAUAUCCGUGUUAGUCAUCCCAGCGAACCUUCCCGGUGUCACAACUCGCCGUAUGCAUACAGGAGGUGCUAAACAGAGUGGUUCAACGUUCAUCGACUUCGAAGACGUGAAAGUAUCUGCGAAAUACCUUCUCGGGAAAGAAGGUCAAGGGUUCAAAAUCAUCAUGACAAACUUCAACCAUGAACGACUCAACAUUUCCUUUGUCGCCCACAGAAGUGCGAGGGUCUGUCUCGAAGAUGCUUUGCGUCAUGCGUCGAAGCGCAUCGCAUUCGGUAAACCGCUCUUUGACCUAGGUACAGUCCGUGCGAAAUUGGCGGAGAUGGCCAAGCGGAUCGAGUCGCAACAUGCUUGGAUCGAACAGGUCGUUUAUCAGAGUAUGGUGAUGUCCAAGGAUCAGUUGAAUACUGAGCUGGGGGGUAUCACGGCGUUGUUGAAAGCUCAGUGUUCCUCGACGUUGGAGUAUUGUGCCAGCCAGGCAGUGAAUAUUUUCGGAGGACUUGGCGUUACUAUUGGUGGCCAGGGAGAAAGAGUUGAGCGUUUGUACCGCGAUUGCAAGAUUGCAUCCAUCCCAGGCGGUGCCGAGGACGUUAUGUUGGAUUUAGCCAUAAGACAGCAGGUCAAAAUUACGAACGUCAAGAAGAAGAAGGCAGAAGCCAAGCUGUAG